AUGUCAGGCAUGCACGCUGGUACUUCAUACUACAGAGAGGGCGAUGGCCGCCAUGUGGAUGCAUCUCCCGCCUCAUCGCUUCUUAGCACGAACCAAGUGGUGUUUUGCGUCAACCCGGUACUGUUUAUGAACUGUGGGAUUAUGCUUGAUGCCCCCAGUGGCCUCACUACUUCAGCUAUUAUGAAGAUACGGCAAGAAUCUCCGAACUGCUCUGCCAUUUCGCUUGCGUUGUGGCGGGACAUUGCCGUUAAUGUUAUUGGCCUGCGAGAGGUCGUUGCGUACUCCAUCUUUGACGUGGUGUAUGCCCUCACGGGUAGCUUUGUGCAAACACCGUUGGCGGUGCAAGCGAACGGAAAUGCGGCACACGUCAAGUCCGUGGCCGAGUACCGUCAGGAGGGUAAUCGGGCGCUCCUUAAGAAAAUGGGAGGAUCUUUGGAUGAGACCCGUUGGCCCUCCGCCUCUUCCUCUCGACAGGUGAGUCUACCAGCGCUCACCAUCUUUCUCUUUGCACAGCUGCUGCUGGAGCACCCACCGCAAGCCAUGCUUGGAGACAUUAGCCAAGAGCUUAUCAUGAGCAGCGUGCGACAGCACCUUCACGAUUACAUCACGGCAGUGGCUGUUACACGUCCAGGGCGUCUUACCGUAGCAGAUGCGCAAGAGUUAAAAAUUCUUCUACGUGAGUUUGUCAAUGGAGUUGAGCUUCCAUUUGGGACGAGCAUUGGCUUUUUGUGGCCGCGCUCUGAAAGAACAAUUGACAUUACAAUCCUGUCGCAGUUUAUACGCCCCAGAAUUAUGCUUCCCAGCGAGCUCGCCGCUACGACGACGGGUUCACCGUUUAGUAAUAACCUUUUAGUGCGAGGACUACGCGGAACCAUCUACAUUCCACCAUGCCCAGUGAUGUCGACGAACGCCGCAAAAUUAAUGGUUUCUUCAAACUACACAAUAGAAAAGUGCUCACAAUCCAGUCUCUACAUUACGUCGGAUCUGCCACAUACACGUCUUUCUCAACUUGUUAACUGCACUGUUGCCAUUGGACCAGUGAGCGGUGUACUAUGUGUAGAUCGCUGUGAGAACUGCAACAUAUCAGCUUUAUGCGCUGCCAUAGUAGUUAGUCAUUGCAAGAAUGUGACAAUUUUUGUUUGCACGAAUACCCCACCUGUUAUUUCUGUGCAUAAUGGGGAUAGUACGUUAAAGAAUGUUCGCUUUGCACCGUACAACUCGCACUACUCCACAUUAGAGGAGCACCUGGCAAGCUCUGGCAUCAAUCCGAAGCUUAACCUCUGGAAUGUUGGCCUUCCGACACCACACUAUGUUCUUCCUCCAGAUGACUUUACGCCAAUAUGUUUCCCUGUUGCACCCCACCCAAGCGCUGUGAUCACGACCCGCACAAACCCCUGUCCGCUACCUCGCCUCUACGCUGAGGCACUGGAAAGACGUGUGCAGCGGUUUCAAGACACAUCGACGCAAUUACAGGAGACAUACCAGCGACUGGAGUCGGAGGGGCGAAAGGACCUGGCAGAGAAGUUGCGUGGGAGAGUGCACACAAUGUUCAUGGAGUGGCUGCGUCGCACGGGGCAGGAGAAGGGGCUCAUCAGCCUUUUACAUCAAGGCACAGAAAAUAUAUCCUAG